GGGCCCAACAACAAAUUCCGACUGCAUGGCCCCUUAGGGUAAACCCAGGAAGAGAAGAGGAAAAAAAAAACCCAAAAGAUCCCAGCGUUCCCCUGCUGCACGACGCGGCCGCCGCCUGCGCCAUCCCCUUCUUCCUCUCUCCCCAGCUCCGGUCGCCCUCACCGCACCUCGCCUCCCCGUUGUUCCCUUGCGGGGCUCCUCUGGCUAGGAGACCUGGUGGCGCCAGCUUCCGCCGCCGUGCAGCCGGAAGGAAAUCUCCCCGAGAAGGAGAGGGGAUCAGUACAGGAGCAGCAGAUAGGCAGCCGGGAGGAGGUUGGGGAAGGAUGGUUUCGCUGUCAACGUGGUUCCGCUACGCCGCCCACAAGUUCGAGUACUCCAUCUCCCUCACAUGGAAGAAAUAUAAUGUCGGCCAGAUCAACAGUACAGAGCUAACGGAUGCAAUAUGGAAAAACUUCUUCCAAGGCAAGCUCACCUUCACGCAUUGGACCAAAGGGGGAGAAGCCAUGGCUCCCAUCGUAUCUCCAACUGGAGGAGCCCUCCUUGUCAGAAAGCUCGCAAAUUUAAGCCCCACGCAAGUCUUUGUUGGGGACGUCGUCUUGUUAAAAGAUCCAGAGAAAUCUGAUGAUCUAAUUAUUCGACGGCUGGCUGCCCUAGAAGGCUAUGAGAUGGUCUCUAGUGAUGAGAAGGAUGAGCCAUUUGUACUCGAGAAAGACCAAUGCUGGGUCCUGGCAGACAACCAGGCCCUAAAGCCGAAGGAAGCUAGAGAUAGCCGCUUGUUUGGACCUGUCCCUAUGACUGACAUCCUUGGCAGAGUGAUAUACUCUUUAAGAACAGCUGUUGAUCAUGGUCUGGUCGAGAACAGUGGCAUUGCCAUGAACCAGGAUGCACCUGUACUGGCAGUGGAGCUUGAUGUGGAAGAGAUGGCAAAGAAUAACAAGACGUAGAUACUUGAUGCUUUUGACAUACUGCGCUAUAACUUAUUGUCGUUAUGGAUUUUGUUAUUUACAAUUUGUCGCUUCAAGUAGAACUUGCAUUGGACUGUUUGUUCACGGUUUGCCUGUGGAGAAGUCAAUAAUUGUCUUAACAAAUAAUCCAGAGGUUGCUGGAUCGUGAUCUUUCCAAUUUUGUGUUGGUAACGUUGUGUGACUGUA